GAUGAUACACAAAUCAACCACAACACAUACCAAUCAAAUCAAGAAGCUACCCAUCCAGGAAAACCACUAAGAUAUGUCAGCACUCGAACCCAAACAGAAGCUCGUCUAUGCCAUCCUGGAAUUUUUGAACGAUUCCAUCAAGGAUGGCACCGUUCGCAGCGAUGAUCAAGAGUCCAUGGAGGUUGCAAUGCAAUGCAUCUCUGAAUCUUUUUCUGUCGAAUGGUCUUCCGAUUCCCCUAAUAGCGCCCUGUCGGUCAAACCUAGUAGUUUGUUGAGCAUCUUUGAGGUCUUCCUCAAAACUCAAAAAAAAGUGGCAAGCACCUCGGCCGAAUCUACAUCUCAGCCUACUCAAAGCACCUCCCAAACCAAUAAAUCUCAAGAGGCUGAGUCACUCAAGGCAGCGGGUAACCAGUUGGUCUCGCAGCGUGACUUCUCGGCUGCGAUCGCGAAAUACACCGAGGCUAUUCAACUCGAUCCAACCAAUCCUGUUUACUAUUCGAACAGGGCUGCCGCUCAAAGUCAAUUGGGUGCCCACGAUGAGGCCAUCGAAGAUGCAUUGAAAGCAUUAGAAGUCGACCCUACCUUCGCUAAGGCUUACUCCCGACUGGGCCAUGGUUACUUUAGCUCGUGUCAAUACGAAAAGGCCGUCGAAGCGUACGAAAAAGGUCUAGAAUUAGAACCAGACAACACUACCAUUCGGAAUUCAUUAGCAACAGCCAAGUCUAAAGCCAAAAGCUCAUCCUCACUAAAUACGACCAGCAACCCGCCCGGUUCUUCGAACUCUUCACGUGGUGCUAUGCCCGGUAUGGGUGGUCCCGGUGGCAUGCCUGACCUCGCAAGCUUGAUGAACAAUCCCAUGAUGGCUCAGAUGGCUCAGAGCCUGAUGGCCAACGGUGGCAUGGAGCGAAUGAUGCAAAACCCCAUGGUUCAGCAGAUGAUGAACAGCUUAGGUGGCGCAGGUGGUGGGGGGAUGCCGGAUAUCUCUCAACUUAUGAACGACCCUGCCGCACGAGAAUUGGCCUCCAGCUUGAUGGGUGGACUCGGCGGGGGAGCAGCAGGAACUGGUCCUAAUAACGACAAUGCGAAACCCUAAAAACUCACGCUCACGAUGAUUUGUCCCUCGUCCUUUGAUUGCUUUGAUUAUUCUGCGUACUCACUGCGCGACUAUGAAAGGUUAUUGGUCCUGGGCUUGAUACAACGCCCAAGAGACUUGCCCCCCCCCCCCUUCAGAAAAACCAAGCUUUCAUGUCACAAUGCGUAGUGAUAAUACAUAUUUUAUCCCGGUCAAUUGCCUACUCUUACUACAAAUAUUGACAUCACCUCUCCAAGAAAUUCCAAGCUGAAAGGGCUGGAGGAUUCCUGGAGAUUUCUUUAACUCGCUGUCGACCAUCAAAUCUCACCUGUGAAUACCAUUCGGCCAAUCAGCCACCCUCCAGUACCCUCCAGUUCCUGAUGUGUGUGACCCGAUGACCAAUUGGUUCUGCUAGCUAGUUUCAAUAUUAUCACAAGGAUUCAAGUUUGUCCGUUGUCAUAAACAGCCAGUUGCGUCAAAUUACUCAGUCCAUCGUCUCAAGAAAUAUAAUUGGCUAGAGCACAAUGCAUGUAUGUGCUUUGAGGGUGUCAACAGUCUCUACAAUUUCAAAACAGGGUCAUUAAGUGAAAUCCAACCAAGAACUCC